UCAGAUGUUGAAAGCCUAGCUGUCACGAUAUUGAAGACACUUAUUGUCAAUCCGGUUGAUCGUGUAAGGUGCCCAUUAUACCACGGCAGUGGAACUUCAUACAAAUCACUCGUCGAAAAGUGUCUCCUUUUUCACCGCUUGUUUACAUCGACGAAUAUAUUUUUUCCACUAUGUUUCGUAAGAAAGUGUAUGCAUACUGACAGAUUUCUACUACGAGGUGUUUAAUGAAGGAUGAAAGAUAUGAUCCGUUCUCUCGGUUUGCAAUUGCAAGCUUUCGAUUAUGCUACCCAUACCGACGACGUUGGUACCGAGUGGCGCAAAUGGUUGAAGUCGUUUGAAACGAUGGCACGAGCGAGCCGAAUCAGCGACGACGAGUGACAGAAGGAUUUGUUAUUUCAUUACGCCGGGCCGAGCGUUCAGCAGCUGUUCGAUACGUUGCCAGACUUGCCGGGCGAUAACAUGCGUGGCCCAUUGAUGAAUAUAAACAAUUAUACACCGAAUAUGACGUGCUACGAAGAGGUGGUUGCAAAGCUGAAUGCAUUUUUUCUUCCAAAGGAAAAUUCGACAUACGAACGGCAUUUACUAUGUCAGAUGAAACAGAAGACUGACGAAAGUAUUGAUGCAUUCAUAGUUAGAUUGCGUGUUCAGGCCGAACGGUGUGGUUUUGGCGAUAGAAUCGAGGAAAACGUUAAGGAUCAAAUAAUUGAGAAUUGUCAAUCGGCCGCUCUGCGUAGGGAGCUACUUAAACGGGGUGACGCUGACUUGCAGGAAGUUUUGAGAAUAGCCAAAAUUUUCGAGACAGUGGCCGUUCAAGAAAAAUCUUUCACUAGAGAAGCUAUAAAGCCUCAGACUAAUGAAGCCAACAGAGUUCAAGUGAAUUCAUCCUACGUUAACAAAAAUCGCCCAAUGGAAUCGGCGCAAGUAGAAUGCCAUCGAUGCGAAUAUUUUGGACACAUGGCACGGGAUGAAAAGUGUCCCGCGAAGGGAAAAUUAUGCAAUAAGUGUAAUGGUCGUGAUCACUUCGCGAAAAAGUUCCGCAAACGAAAGCAUCAGAUGUCAGCCGUUGCCAAGCGCGAUGAUAUCUCUAAGGUGGUUCGCACAAGUCAUGAGGCCCGGAAUCAAGAUUCCAGUACGGUUCACCAGAUUGUUGAUACCGACACUGAAUAUGUAUUCAACGUGACGACCACCGACAACGAUGGCGAAGUACAAUGUGAAAUAGGAGGCGUUACCAUUUUGGCUGUAAUCGAUUCAGGGUCGAAAUAUAAGCUACUGGCAGCAGAUGAAGUCCUGUAACUUUCGGUUACAAGCCUCUUUGUAACUUCGCCACAAAUUGUUCUACCCAAAACACAAGCACUUGUUUGUCAUUUGUCACUUGACAAGUGAUAAGCCCAUGGCAUUAGGGGACAUACCGGACAUGGAAAGAGUGGUGUGAACUUCACAUGUGUGGGAGUAGCUCACAACACGUUACAACCUGACAGGACAAUUUUGUGUUCGGUCUCACGCCAUUUUAUAGAUUUUGUUCUCGGCUCAUCCGAUACUGGAUCUUUCUAUCGCCGACUGUCUCCGAGAGUAGAA